UGCCAGGGGAGGGUCCUGGAUUAACUCAGCUCUGUCUGCCUUCAUACCAAACACUCAGCUGCUGCCGAAGGAGGUUCUGUAGCCACGCUGGCUGCAUGAUUAACUUCCAGUCUGGAGGCUGCUGUGGUUUAUACUGGCACACUGCAGAGGAGACUAAGCUGAGGAAAUUGUUUUCAGUUUCUGUGUGAAAGAGGAGGAGCAGGAGGAGGAAGGGAGGAGGACCACUAACUUCAUCAGAGCUGUUAGUUUGUGUCUUUUGGAAGUUCAAGACAAAAUAACAGACGGAGAAAGAGAAAAACUGUUUUAAGUCAGGCUGUUUGGCCUGAUGAGAGAGAUAUACAAGGUUUAACGCAGCAUGUCCAUUGGAGCGAAGCACCCAGAGGCUGAGACAGGAUUUGUCCCCAGUGUUCAAGACUUUGAUAAGAAGUUAGCAGAAGCAGACGCCUACCUACAGAUUCUGAUCGACCAGUUAAAGCUGUUUGAUGAGAAGAUCAAGGACUGCAAAGAGGAUGAAUCACGCAGAAAAAUUGAAAAUUUGAAAGAGACUACUUGUAGUAUGGUAGAGUCCAUCAAGCACUGUAUCGUUCUGCUGCAAAUCGCCAAGGACCAAAGUAACGAACAGCAACACGCAAACGGACUUAUAAGCACCAUUAACCCAGUGGAUGGGAUCUACCAGCCCCCUCUGGACACUCCUGUAGACAACACCACGAUGCCAACACAGACCACACUACCCACAGACGCUUCUCAGGUGUGUAAAUCAGACCAACGGCCUUCCACGUUACCUGUUGGUCCCAUCGUCACAGUUAUGGGCAGUCUGCAAACCCCAACUCCCAACAGCACAGGGAGUGGCCCGUCAGGCCCAAGCAGCGGCGUUGCCUCCCCGGCUCACAUGCCCCUUCCCUCGCACUCAGUGCCAGAUUUUUCGUAUUCUUCCAGCGAGGACGAGUUCUAUGAUGCUGAUGAGUUUUACCAGAGCAGCACCUCUCCUAAACACUGCAUAGAUCCCUCAGGGCCUCCAGCUGCCUCUCCCCUCACUAAUGAAGAAACGGCAUUGAAACGACCAGAAACCACAGAGUCCCUUAACUCAUCCAUGUCCAAUGGCACCACAGAUGCAGAUCCAUUUGAUAGUCAUGAUGACCGUGAUGAUGACGGUGAGGGCGAGUCUGUGGAAGAGCACAAAAGUGUCAUCAUGCAUCUCCUCUCUCAAGUUCGACUGGGAAUGGACCUCACCAAGGUGGUCCUGCCCACCUUCAUCCUAGAAAGGAGAUCAUUGUUAGAAAUGUAUGCAGACUUCUUUGCACAUCCGGACUUAUUUGUAAGUAUUGCCGAGCAGCCGGAGCCCCGGGAGCGCAUGGUUCAGGUGGUGAAGUGGUACCUGUCAGCAUUCCACGCUGGGAGGAAAGGCUCAGUGGCCAAGAAACCUUACAACCCCAUCCUGGGAGAAGUCUUCUACUGCCACUGGGACCUGCCUAGUGAAACAGAGGAGCCUUCACUGAGCACAGAGACGGUAUCAGAUGGUCCAGUUCCCUGGUCUUCAGCCAACAGUGUGCGUUUCGUGGCAGAGCAGGUCUCUCACCACCCACCUAUUUCUGCAUUCUACGCAGAGUGUUUGAAUAAGAAGAUCCAGUUCAACGCUCACAUCUGGACCAAGUCUAAGUUCUUAGGCAUGUCCAUAGGUGUCCACAAUAUUGGCCAAGGUUGUGUGUCGUGUUUGGAGCAUGAUGAACAUUACAUCCUCACCUUCCCCAAUGGAUACGGCAGGUCCAUCCUGACGGUGCCCUGGGUGGAGCUGGGCGGAGAGUGCUCCAUCUCAUGUUCCAAGUCGGGCUACAGUGCUAACAUCACGUUCCACACCAAACCUUUCUAUGGAGGGAAGAAGCACAGGAUCACUGCUGAGAUUCUCGCACCAAAUGACAAGAAGUCUUUCUGCUCCAUUGAAGGAGAAUGGAACGGAGUUAUGUAUGCCAAAUGGGCAACUGGAGAGAACACAGUCUUCAUUGACACUAAGAGGAUGGGCAUCAUCAAGAAGAAAGUGAGAAAGCUGGAAGACCAGCUCGAGUACGAGUCCCGAAGAUUGUGGAGAGAUGUGACGGUUAACCUGAAGCUGAAAGACAUAGAUGCAGCAACAGAAGCCAAACAUCGGCUGGAAGAGAAACAGCGAGCUGAAGCCAGAGAGAGGAAGGAGAAUGAGCAGCAGUGGGAGACCAGGCUUUUCCACGAGGACGGGGAGUGCUGGGUCUAUGAUGAGCCUCUAUUAAAGAGAUUAGCCUCUCAGAGGCACUGAGGAGACUACGCACACGCUGAAAUUCACACACAUAUGCAUAAAGAAAUGCACACACAGCAGAGUCUUCAUAAGAACUCUUUUGCAAAAAACACUUCUUUUCCAAGCCUUGGAAUGACUGAUGAUUGAUUCUGUAUGUACACAGCUUUGCAUUUGACUGUAAAAUAACAAUAAGUUAAUGAAUGAAAUCAAACGGGAAAAGCAUCCAAGAUGUAUCAAGAAAAUUAGUAACGCUCCUCCCCUUAUUUUGGCAAUGUUGCUUCCACCGCCACCGAUACCCACCACCCGCCAACACAGGACUAAGCAGCGGAGACCAGAGGGUAGCGUCUCAUCUCACAGCCACACCCUUCAUCAGCUCCACAGGACGAGCCAGAGCAGCGCUCUUUUUUCUACAUAAAUGUUUUUUGGGGGGGGAUUCAGGGGGGAGGGGAGUGUGGUUGAAAAUGUUCAAAUCAAACAUCCCUUGAAAAAUAAAACAGCGCUCUACAUCUCAGGGAAUCUGGUGUCUGAGGAAAGAAAGCUGCUGCCCCCUCUGAGAGUCUGACAGCCUUAUAACGGUGGAAUGGAUGAAUCUUAAAGGGGCAAGGAGAAACUCUCCGCUUGCCUGCUACUAGUUGUAACUGUUGUUUAUAUAUAGAUAUACAUAUGAUGGAUAUAUAAAUAUAUAUUCUUUUUUAUUUUCAAUGCUCUUUUGUUUAUUUUUCUUUCUGGCAAUAGUGUAAAAUAUGUGAGGAUAUGAACAUGAUGGCUUUACAUCUUUAGGAAUCAUUCCAUUUCAAGUUAUUUUUGACACAUAUUUUUGUCUUUCACACUUUUCUGUGUCUCGAGUGUUAAUCAGAGGCAAAGCCCUACAUAAGCCAUAGCAUCUGAACACACUGAUCGGGAGAGCUGUGAUAGAUUUAUGGAAUAUAUGCAAUAUAUAGAUCAUCAAAGGACAAAUAUGGAUGUCCGUUAUGCCAAAAAGGUUUAGAUAAAAGGCUAAAGGGACUUCAAAUCAGGCAGAGAACAAACUAUCCUCUGAAAAUGUUUCCAUGUUACCUGAUGGCAUUUAUGAACAAAUGAUUGUUUACAUUUUUUUUCUGGACCGCUGGUCCAUGCUAAGGACACAGGCUAGGGCUGAGUCUGUUUAGUCUGUUUGUUCUGCACAUCACCUGUCCCUUUCUCCUCUCUAAGCCCAUAGACAACAGAUGGGAUCAACUUGACAGUUCACUUUUGUGUUGUUGGAGGGUGAAGAGAGUGAAAACCAGGGAUCAGAGGAGACUUUUUUUUGGAAUAGCUCUGCUGGAAUUGAGCCUGUGUUCCUCUGGCUCAGUUUUCUUGUAGACUUUUUUUGUCCAAAUUAUUUUCGGGAUCAACAUCUGUAGGGCAAUAUUUACCCUUCUGCACACCACUGCUUUUCAAAUCAACAUCCAUUCUCUUAUUUACAGCUGAAUAGGUUUGAAGGAAAUACAGUAACAUUUGGAUGAAAUUCAUAAAUAAACUAUUUUCACCUGAACAUGACCAAGAAUAUCUUUUGGUAACAUAACAAAGUUCCAACAGAGGCUGUUGUGUUAUUUCAGGUCUACAUUCAAAGGUUAUUGUCUUUUAAAUAGAUUUGUUUGUACUAAGAUGAGUCCUGUGACAGGCUCUAAGGUGACGAGUAUAUUUCUCCUGCUGUAUGCACAUUAAAUGACAAACUUAAUCCUCUCUAGAGAAUUAAAAUGACCCAAAUAAAUUAACACAAGCUUAAUAAGAAACCAUAUUUUUUUCAUCCCUGUUCUUGUAAAUUAUAUUGAAUUGAGGCCUUGCCAUGCAUUUCAGUAUCGCCUGAUAGAGCAAUCAAAAUGCAUUUUUUAUUUCAGUUUGAAUAUAACCAUUGAUUGUAUCAGAAUUUCCUGUUUAUUGAUGCAUUAUAUUAAAUUUCCAUGAGUUUAUUC